CUUGGCUGCCGGACGUGGAAUCGCGGUAGAUUCCCAGCAAAGUAACAAGUUCUGUCCGACACCACGCGCUUUGCAGGUGGCCGAAAUCCUAAAGCCCGACCAGUCGACCACCAGCCAGCUCCUCCGUCCUCUCCCCCCACCGCCGCCGCCCCCGCCGUCGCCGUCCGGCGCACCCCGUCUCCCCCGUCGACCGAACAGUCGGCCAGUUGGUGGAUCCGUCCACCGCCGGCAACCGAAUCGGGAAGAGGAGGAGGGGGCAGAUCGAAGCUCCGGGGAGAGUCGCCGGCCAUGGUUAAGGAGACGGGCUACUACGACGUGCUCGGCGUGAUCCCCACAGCCAGCGAGUCCGAGAUCAAGAAGGCCUAUUACAUCAAGGCGAGGCAGGUCCACCCAGACAAGAACCCUAAUGACCCCCAGGCCGCAGGGAAGUUCCAGGAACUAGGGGAGGCAUACCAAGUGCUUAGUGACCCCACUCAGCGCCAAGCUUAUGAUGCACAUGGGAAAUCUGGCAUCUCAACGGAUGGGAUAAUUGAUCCAGCAGCAAUUUUCGCAAUGCUAUUCGGUAGUGAGCUUUUUGAGGAUUAUAUUGGUCAAUUGGCAAUGGCGUCAAUGGCUUCACUUGAUAAUUUUGACGAUGAUGAACAGAUCGACACAAAAAAGUUGCAAGACAAAAUGCAGGCUGUUCAAAAAGAAAGAGAGGAGAAACUUGCAGAGAUACUUAAAAACCGUCUGCACCUUUAUGUUCAAGGAAAUAAAGAGGAAUUCGUUCGGCUUGCUGAGGCCGAGGUGUCCAGACUUAGUGAUGCAGCAUAUGGGCUUGUUAUGCUGAACACUAUUGGCUAUGUAUAUUCAAGACAAGCUGCAAAAGAACUUGGAAAGAAGGCAAUAUAUUUGGGGGUUCCGUUUGUAGCAGAAUGGUUCAGAGACAAAGGCCAUUUUAUCAAAUCCCAAGUAACAGCUGCAGCAGGUGCAAUAGCUCUUAUGCAGCUGCAAGAAGACUUGAAGAAACAGAUGGGUGCUGAGGGCCAGACCACAGAGGAAGAACUUGAAGUGUACAUGCAGAACCACAAAAAAGUUAUGGUUGAUUCCUUGUGGAAGCUUAAUGUUGCUGACAUAGAAGCCACCAUAUCACAUGUCUGCCAGAUGGUGCUUCAGGACCCCUUGGCCAGGAAGGAUGACCUGCGUCUUCGUGCCAAAGGACUGAAAACUUUAGGGAAAAUUUUCCAGGGUGUUAAGCUCAACAGUGGCGAGGGGGAAGGUUCGCACAUGAAGAAUAUAGAUAACAUGGAUGACAAUGCCGGUAGCUCCCCUGAUUCGUCACCAAAACGGGAGCCAUCAUUCAAUCCCAUUCCUAACCCUCCUCUUACCCAGAGUCCAUAUGUGGAGGCUCCCCAGUUUGGCGGAACCUAUUGUUCGUUCAACUUCCCAAUGCCGACGGCUCCACCAGGUGCGCAAAGGGAUCCGGUGCCUUGAUGGCUGACACCAGAUUUCGUGUACCAUUAAUUAUUUCAUGUAAUAUCGCUUGUGCAUGGUGCAUCAUUUGUACCUGUGGUAGUAGAGGAGACGGAUGAGUCCGAAUCAGUCAGAUAUAACCUCACUAUUUCUCCGGUUGUGUAGCAGCCGCGCAUUGUCUGUCUAUUGUGUACAGUUGUGUUAAGGCUGCUGUUACAGCAGCAGCAGGUCACAAUUGUUGUACAUGAUUUGGUGUUGUUAUUCCUGAGCUGAGGUCUCUUGCUGACAUUGAGGUUUA